AUGUUGAAAACGAUCGCAAAGUUUGUGAACAAACACUCAUUUUCUAGUCAUUUGUUGUAUGCAUUAGUCAUAAGACUUGUAUUGAUUAUAUUGAGUGAAAUUCAAGACAAAUACCUGACUCUCAAGUAUACGGACAUCGACUACACCAUCUUCAGCGACGGGGCCCGACAUGUGUGGGCCGGACGCUCGCCAUACCUGAGGGACACCUACCGAUACACACCACUCAUUGCCGCACUUCUUGUGCCUAAUAUCACUCUAUGGCCACAGUUUGGGAAAGUCUUGUUUUCGGUGUUGGAUGUCGUGACCGGCGCUCUUGUCUAUCACAUCUGUGGCCACCAUUUGGACCAACGAAGAGCCAAAUGGUGUGCCAUUAUAUGGCUCUACAAUCCAUUACCGGCCAUCAUAUCGACGCGUGGAAGCGCUGAGUCUGUGGUCACAACACUAGUCCUCUUAACCAUCUUAUGUGUACUCAAUCGACAGCUAGUCUUCGGCGGACUUUUGUAUGGAUUUGUAAUCCAUUUCAAAGUCUAUCCAAUCGUUUAUAUUCCGGCGCUUUAUCUCUAUUUAACUAAAAGUCAGAAACUGUGGAAAGCCUUCAAACCUAAUGUGAAAAAACUGAAGUUCUUUACGUCGGCUGCCAUUGGGUUCGUUGUCCCCACUUAUGGCUCGUAUUAUCUCUACGGACGGCUUUACUUAGAGGAGGGUUGGCUCUACCACUUGCACCGCAAGGAUCCCCAACACAACUUCAGUCCGUAUUUCUAUGUCUACCACUUGUUUAAAGCCGAAGAACAGCAGAAACUGUUCGCUUAUCUGGCAUUUGUUCCCCAAUUCCUGUCUGUCCUGUCGAUAGCCAUGUAUUACUGUUUGUCUUCGAAACAUAAAUUCCAAGACUUGAUGUUUGGUGUCUUCGCUCAGACCACAGCUUUCGUGACACUAAACAAAGUGAUUACUUCUCAAUACUUUCUCUGGUAUUUAUGUCUUUUGCCUCUCGUGUGGCCAUACAUUAGACUCAGUCCUAAGCAAUGGAUUCUUGUGCUCGUUGUCUGGCUCUUAAGUCAGGCUCAAUGGCUAUUACCGGCCUAUUUGUAUGAGUUCCAGCACUGGGACUGUCUGUUCUGGAAAGCACCGCAAAAGCCAAUAGUUUUUAACUUACCGUAG